GAUUUUAUUUCUCCCAUACUACCUAAUUGGAGUAACCACGCAGGAAUACAUAGACCCCAGGCAUAAUCAAAUUACCUCUGUAAAGUCUCGCCCUAAGACUAUUUUUGGAAACUAGGGAUUUUCCAGAUUAGCGAAAGCUGUGGCGUUGUCACUGGCUCAGGCCUGAGUUUCGCAAGCGAAGCUGCUAAAGCAGCCGCCCUCCCAGUCAAUACGAAUCCCUUGCCUUACUUCGAAACCCCUGUGAACCACACGCUCAUCGGGGAGGUUUUUUUUUUUUUUUUGAGCCGAAGUAGUUCACAUUCCUGUUUUCUAAAAAUACUGUAAAGCACCCUUCUCCAGAUUCCUUGCGGGUCACUUUAAAUUACAAGUUCGUCCGUACACGACAUCGGAGUAGCCACUUCCACCCGCCAAUGCAGGCGAAGGUCGACCCAACGCCUCCCUUUGUACUCGCCGAAACUACGCCACCUAAAUGCGAAAAGUUAGGACAGGAAGAGAGAUGGGAGCAUAGGGACGCACGUUCUAGACAAGUUGUCAGCGCGCAGGGGUUACAGUAAAUUUUGCAGACUCGAACUUGGGGAUAAGGUAUCUUGUAAAGCUAUCUUGUUAGCCUCCCUUAUUAUACUUGUGGUUAAAAAUAUUACAAACGAGGCGACUUGGGCUUGUUUUAGGAAAUAGACCACCUCCUCGACCACUCUGGAGGCCCAGCGGAGAGGGAACCCAGGUCUCCCGAGGGUCCCACCGCUCCCUGGCCAGCACAGGGUUGAGGCGCCGCGGGCAGAGUCGAGGCCUGAAGGGACUAGUUGGCGCACGCCGGAGGGGCGUGGUGACGUCAGGGCGGAAGCGCACGCUGCGUGAAGCGGCCCAGAACCCGGCGGUCACGGGAAUAUCCGUCGCGCCGAGGACGCUGGUUAGUCUCUCUCCGGGUUCCGGCUGCGUUGGGCGUGCGUGCAGCUCGCUGAGACCAUGGCGUCCGGGCCUCACCCCACCGCGACCGCUGCCGCCGCCGCCUCCUCGGCCGCCCCGAGUGCGGGCGGCUCCAGCUCCGGCACGACGACCACGACGACGACCACGACGGGAGGGAUCCUAAUCGGCGACCGCCUGUACUCGGAAGUUUCGCUCACCAUCGACCACUCGCUGAUACCGGAGGAGCGGCUCUCGCCCACCCCGUCCAUGCAGGACGGGCUCGACCUGCCCAGCGAGACGGACUUGCGCAUCCUGGGCUGCGAGCUCAUCCAGGCCGCCGGCAUUCUCCUUCGGCUGCCGCAGGUGGCGAUGGCAACGGGGCAGGUGUUGUUUCAUCGUUUUUUCUAUUCCAAAUCUUUCGUCAAGCACAGUUUCGAGAUUGUUGCCAUGGCUUGUAUUAAUCUUGCAUCAAAAAUCGAAGAAGCGCCUAGAAGAAUAAGAGAUGUGAUUAAUGUAUUUCACUACCUACGCCAGUUAAGAGGAAAAAGGACUCCAAGCCCCCUGAUCCUUGAUCAGAACUACAUUAACACCAAAAAUCAAGUUAUCAAGGCAGAGAGGAGGGUGCUAAAGGAGUUGGGAUUUUGUGUUCAUGUCAAGCAUCCCCAUAAGAUCAUUGUUAUGUAUUUACAAGUCUUAGAAUGUGAACGUAAUCAAACCCUGGUUCAAACUGCCUGGAAUUAUAUGAAUGACAGUCUUCGAACCAAUGUAUUUGUUCGAUUUCAACCAGAGACUAUAGCAUGUGCUUGCAUCUACCUUGCAGCUAGAGCUCUUCAGAUUCCAUUGCCAACUCGUCCCCAUUGGUUUCUUCUUUUUGGUACUACUGAAGAGGAGAUCCAGGAAAUCUGCAUAGAAACGCUCAGGCUUUAUACCAGAAAAAAGCCAAACUAUGAAUUGCUGGAAAAAGAAGUAGAGAAAAGAAAAGUGGCCUUACAAGAAGCCAAAUUAAAAGCAAAGGGAUUGAAUCCCGAUGGAACUCCAGCCCUUUCAACCCUUGGUGGAUUUUCUCCAGCCUCUAAACCAUCAUCACCAAGAGAAGUAAAAGCUGAAGAGAAGUCCCCGAUCUCCAUUAAUGUGAAGACAGUCAAAAAAGAACCUGAGGAUAGACAACAGGCUUCCAAAAGCCCUUACAAUGGUGUAAGAAAAGACAGCAAGAGAAGUAGAAAUAGCAGAAGUGCAAGUCGAUCAAGGUCAAGAACACGAUCACGUUCUAGAUCACAUACUCCAAGAAGACAUUAUAAUAAUAGGCGGAGUCGAUCUGGAACAUACAGCUCGAGAUCAAGAAGCAGGUCCCGCAGUCACAGUGAAAGCCCGAGAAGACAUCACAAUCAUGGUUCUCCUCACCUUAAAGCCAAGCAUACCAGAGAUGAUUUAAAAAGUUCAAAUAGACAUGGUCAUAAAAGGAAAAAGUCUCGUUCUCGAUCUCAGAGCAAGUCUCGGGAUCACUCAGACGCUGUCAAGAAACACAGGCAUGAAAGGGGACACCAUAGGGACAGGCGUGAAAGAUCUCGCUCCUUUGAGAGGUCUCAUAAAGGCAAGCACCAUGGUGGCAGUCGCUCAGGACAUGGCAGGCACAGGCGCUGACUUUCUUCCUUUGAGCCUGCAUCAACUUCUGAUUUUGGCUAUCUGCAGUGUGAUGUAUGGACUCAUAAUUGAAACAAACAUUAAAAGCAAACUGAUUAGGAUUUGAUUUCUUAAAAUUCUCUAGGUCUCUAGAAACACUGAGGACAUUUUCUUUUGGAAAGAACUAUGUUUGGUUUUUUUUUUUGUUUUUUUUUUUUUUUUUGCACAUAAAAUGCCCUAGCAGUAUCUAAUUGAAAACCUUGGUCAGGUUCAAUUGUAAUUAUUAUAGUUGUGUAUUGUUUAUUGCUAUAAGAACUGGAGCGUGGAUUCUGUAAAAAUGUAUCUUAUUUUUAUACAGAUGAAAUUGCAGACACUGUUCUAUUUAAGUGGUUAUUUGUUUAAAUGAUGGUGAAUACUUUCUUAACACUGGUUCGUCUGCAUGUGUAAAGAUUUUUACAAGGAAAUAAAAUACAAAUCUUGUUUUUCUAAA